AUGCCCCAACCGCGCAUCCUUCGCAAUAGAGAGCUGGUGUCCCUUAUUGCCUGCGUAAUGCAGCAGUGCCAUGGUGAUUUCGACAUGUUUCUCACCCGCACAAGUUCCGGUUCACAAUCGACCAACCUCCGCGUGCUCGCUGUGGCUCUACGACUGCCAGCCUUUGUCAGUACACCGAGCCCCGAUCAAGUGGAGUCGCUCGAGGCACUUGCAAUCCUGUGUCGACGACUGGCUGAGCCCUGUCGACUUUUCACCAUUGCAGAUGCAUUCGGGCGUUCCGCCGAGUCCAACAGCCGCAUCGUCCGCGCGACCGCAACUGCUCUGUACAAGACUUGGAGCGAUGUGAUCCUCUUUCGCGAAGCCUUGCUCGUAGGCCGAGUUGACACCUAUGCUGGUGCGAUCGAGGCGAAGAGUGGGCUCAGAGGGUUACGCACCUGUGUUGCGUUCAUUGAUGGGACGAAGCAAUACAUCAGCCGUCCGUCGGCGCGAGCCGAAGGUCAAGAGCACGAGAACCUUCAACGUUCGGUGUACAACGGUCACCCCCGUCGCCAUUGUCUGAACUGGCAAGGCAUCACCGUUCCUGACGGCAUCAUUAUCAGCAUGUACGGGCCGGUAGAGGGGCGGCGCCACGAUUCCACCAUGCUCUCCAUGAGCCGUAUACUGGACAGGAUGAAGGAAGACGGGGUUCUGUCGCGCUACUGUUUGUAUGGCUACCCAGCAUAUGGAUGCCACCAGUGCCUAUCCUGCCCAUUUCCCUGCGCUAUUCCAGGAUCAUUCGAGGCUAUUUUCAACUCGUCCAUGAGCUCCGUCCGGGAAACGGUGGAGUGGAGCUUUCACCUGGUGAAAGGGUUGUGGUGUUUCGUAAGCUACGACAGAAAGAUGAAAGUUCGCAAUGCACCAGUAGGCAUCCUGUGGCAUGUGGCCACACUCCUGACUAACUGCCACACCUGUCUCAAAGCUGAUGGGAAUCAAAUCUCAAUGUACUUCGAUGUAGCACCUCCUAGGAUUGAAUGA